CCGAGGAUCCUCCGGAGGCGGCGGUGGGCCUGGGAUGCCCGGCGGUGGGAGCAGGCAGAGGAGGAGGAGGAGGCAGCUGCGGUGUGGUCCCUCCAUGGCGAGCGGCGCUGUGACAGGCUGUGCCCGGCUGCAGGCUUGCACUCUGCCGCAUCUCCUGGGUUAUCACCGCGUCCCGAGGCAUGGCCUUCCCCUUUUCCCUGGUUACAGCGGCUGAUAGGGAGCUGGCAGGGACACUUCGCUCCUUCCCGCCAGAGGGGCAGGUGUGGGGGAGAAGCCGCAUGGUACCUCCUGCCGCUGAGCCAGUGGGGAUAAUUUGGGCUGCUGAGGAGGGGAAGGGGCCAGCACCUCCUUCUCCCCAUCCUGCAUCAUCAUUGGUACCCCACAACCUUCCCAUUGAAGGGAAGCUGGUGGGCUUUAAGUCUUGCUGAGAAAGGAUCACCGAACCACGCUCAAUGCAGCUGGAAGUCCUCAUGGCACAGGUCCUGUCACCAGAAUGGACAUGGCAGUAGGGCUGCCUGGGUCACUGUCUUCUCCUGGCACUUAAGUCCAGCCCCCAUGUGUCUCCAGGCAGCUGUGAUGAAGCUGGACCUCUGGAGGUGGCCAUCCUGGAGGUUUUGUCCUCCCUCCCAUACUGUAGUACUGAUGGAGUGGAGACCUGGACUGGAUGGAAUCCAAAACUGGCUUUCUCUUCCUUCCCUAGGUCAGACGUUGUGGGAGAGGCUCAAUCUGUUCAAUGCUACUAACAAUUAAUUAAUAACAUCUAGUAAAAGCAAUUAAUUGCUCAUCGUCCAGAGGGUUUGGGACCCUAUAUUUGAGGGACAGGGCAGGAAUGAGGCUCACAGAUAUGGGAUAUUUACAUUCCCUGGAGGUGUUGGAAAACACCUCCUGAACACCCAGCUUUGAGAGGUGGCUGCUGAGGUCCAAAGGACCCUUUCCCCCUCCAUCCUCCCUUUUCCACCAGAGAGUAGUGAGCUUUCUCUCUGCCACCCCCUUCUCAGCAGGAGGAGCAAGGAGCAGCUGAGCCUGCAGGAAAGCUGGGCAGAGAGGAGUUAAUUCCAAACCCAACCUCAGGGAGAGGGGAAAAAAAACCAACAGAGAACUAUGGAUCAGCAGCAAGAGCAGAGGGAGGGAAAAGGGGGAGUCAGAGAGAGAGGAGAGCUGGUGGCGGGCAGGGGGAGGCAGUGGAGCACCAGGCAGGAGCGACUGGAAUAACCGAGCUGCCCAGAUAAACUCCCCUGUGGUCUGCAUCUUCCCGCUACCACUGCGUGGGCUGGACUGGAGGUCUCCCCCUAAGCGAGUGGCAAAGCUGCAGGCCCUUCCUCAAAAAGGUGGCUCCAGGGUCUCCUCCCCAUCCUCUCCUACCUGCCAUCCAGCCUGUGACCACCUCUCAGCAUCAGGGAAAAGGUCCCUACAGUCUGACAGGAAGAUGCCAGGGGGAUUGAACAUCUCUUCUGACAGCCUGGAGCUACGAGCAGCAGGGAUUAUUGUGCCCAUCAUCUUCUCCCUCAUCUUCCUUGUGGGUACUGUGGGAAAUGGGCUGGUGCUGGCUGUGUUGCUGUGGAAUGGCCAAGUCAAGUACUCCACCACCAACCUCUUCAUCCUCAACCUGGCUGUGGCUGACCUGUGCUUCAUCAUCUGCUGUGUCCCUUUCCAGGCCACCAUUUACACCCUGGAUGGGUGGCUCUUUGGGGCCUUUGCCUGCAAGGCUGUGCAUUUCCUGAUCUACCUCACCAUGUAUGCCAGCAGCUUUACCCUGGCUGCCGUCUCUGUUGACAGGUACUUGGCCAUUCGCUAUCCGCUGAAGUCUCGGGAUCUCCGCACAUCUCGAAAUGCAGGAGUGGCCAUUGUGGUAAUCUGGUCACUGUCGAUGCUCUUCGCAGGGCCUUACCUCAGUUACUACCAGAUAAUCCACUACCAUGGUGUGCCCAUCUGUGUCCCCAUCUGGGAGGACCAGCACCGAAAGGUUCUGGACAUCCUCACGUUUGUAUUUGGAUACCUGCUGCCUGUGACCGUGGUGAGCCUGGCAUACUCGAGGACCAUCAAGUUCUUGUGGACUUCUGUAGACCCCAUAGAAAGAAUCUCAGAGUCUCGGAAAGCCAAGCGUAAGGUCACCAAGAUGAUUGUCACAGUGGCCAUCCUGUUCUGCCUCUGCUGGCUGCCCCACCACCUGGUCAUCCUCUGCUUCUGGUUUGGCGACUUUCCCUUCAACCGGGCCACUUACGCUUUCCGCCUGGCUUCCCACUGCCUUUCCUACACCAACUCCUGCCUCAACCCCAUUGUCUAUGCCCUCAUCUCCAAGCAUUUCCGCAAGCGUUUCAAGCAGGCCUUCACCUGCCUCUUCUUUCAGAAAAAGAUCAGGAAAAAGAAGAAGAAGAGAGCUGGAAGAAAAGUCCAUAUGGUCAAUGUGGGAAGAGGUUUUGCCAAUAGGACAGGAGAUUUCUAUGGAGGCAACACUGAGGUGACCCAAGCCCCAGAAGAGAACACCAGAAAGAGGGACCAUGAAGGUCCCAGUCGUGCCAGAGCAUGGACUCGGCAGGUACAAGAUGCCAUGGUCUCUGUUCAGAAGGAGCUACUGGAGGAGGAAAUUUUGGCAACAGCUGGCCAUUCCCUAGAUGUGACCCCUCUAAGAGGAGCUGUUGGACAAGGCCAAGAAGAAGCCCUAGAAAAGGGCUAGAGAGGCUAGAAAAAGUCUCAAUUUGCAUCACAUUUUCUGACCACAUCAUAGUGGUUUUGCUUUCCUCCAGGACAUCAUGCCCACUUCUUAUCCCCACUGAAAUGGUUUUAUGUACUCAUGUCUGAGACUUGCCAUCAUCCCAGCUCAAUAUUCACGGUAAACUUUAAGUGACUGCAA